GACACAUAUUAAACAAGUACCAGCAGCUCAUUGCUGUAGUACGGGGUAAACUCGGCUAGUGAAAUUCGCCAGUUACGAAGCAUAUCAUACGAUUUCAUAUGAAGACAGCACAUCUAAACGUACAUUGCUGAGUCGACCAGUCAAGGUCGAAUUCGCAAAAACGUCUGAGGUCUAGAAUGUUUACAGACAUGGACUACGAGCUGGAAGAGGAUAAACUUGGGAUUCCAACGGUCCCUGGAACGGUGACUCUGCAGAAAGACUCGGGGAACCUGAUCGGGAUCAGCAUCGGAGGGGGUGCUCAGUACUGCCCCUGUCUCUACAUUGUACAGGUCUUUGACAAUACCCCUGCGGCAUUGGACGGAACACUAGCUGCUGGCGAUGAGAUCACUGGAGUCAACAGUAAAACCGUUAAGGGAAAGACCAAAGUGGAGGUGGCCAAAAUGAUCCAGGUUGUGCAGGGUCAGGUCACAAUUCACUAUAAUAAGCUACAAGCAGAUCCGAAGCAGGGGAAGUCUCUCGAUAUAGUGUUGAAGAAGGUGAAACAUCGUCUCGUGGAGAACAUGAGCUCGGGGACCGCAGAUGCCCUCGGCCUCAGCAGAGCGAUCCUGUGCAAUGACGGACUGGUGAGGAGGCUGGAGGAGCUCGAGAAAACUGCUGAGCUUUAUAAAGGACUGAUGGAGCACACCAAGCGGCUGCUCAGAGCCUUCUUCGAGCUCUCGCAGACUCACAGAGCCUUCGGCGACGUCUUCUCUGUGAUCGGUGUGCGGGAGCCCCAGGCCGCAGCCAGCGAGGCCUUCGUGAAGUUUGCCGAGGCUCACCGCAACAUCGAGAAAUACGGCAUCCAGUUGUUGAAGACCAUUAAACCGAUGCUUCAUGAUUUGAACACUUACCUGCACAAGGCCAUCCCCGACACUAAGCUCACCAUUCGCAAGUACCUGGACGUCAAAUUUGAAUACCUGUCCUAUUGCUUGAAGGUGAAGGAGAUGGAUGAUGAGGAGUACAGCUGUAUUGUAAGCAUUUCCUCCUCUUUUAUUCUCAAUGUAUUGUACUCAAGUUGGUGAUGCUGUAGAGUAGCGCCGACCACAUCAGGGUCAUUGAUUGAACUGCAGUGGAGCGUUCGAACACAACACAGUACAGUACGGUUAAUCACUGCACUGUGAAACAUUAACAUGUGUUACGAGCCAGCUCAAGGCACGAAACAAGAAGGGGAGGCCACGCAGAAUUU